AUGGAUACGGAAGAAUUUCAUAUAGAUGCAAAACUAAAGUCUUUCUGCAAUGAAGCAAGCGAGGAAGAUAUCCAGGCCCUUGUUGCAGAAUUGCAUGAGGAUCCUAUAAACGAUGACGAGAUCGAGCUUUACAUCUACCUACACUUUCUGCACUUUCAAAAGUCGAAAGAUACGAAACAUCUUGAGAAAGCAAUACAAUUGGUGGAGGAAUGGGUGGCGGUGACGCCUUCAAGCCAUCCAGAUUACAAUCGGCGAUACAGCCUUUUGAAUACAGUAACUAUUCGGGGCCACCCGUGUCAGGCCAUAAAGGGAGAUAUUGAAGAUAUGGCUUUGGAAGAACCGGGUAGAGAAAAGCCCGCAACUGACGAGAUUAGCAUCCAACUUGAACAUUUAAGGGAAAGAGAAUUAAGCCUUUAUGAGACUUUCAAGCAACACGGCCGCCUUGAAGAUUUAGAAGAGGCUAUUGAAACUGGAGAGCUGGCAAUGAGUAUAGCAGGCGAUUCUAUUCCCCCCUUUAUGUCUCUUUCCUUGGCGAUUUUGUUCAGCGAUCGAUUUGAGAUGACAGGAUCAAUGACUGACUUAGAUCGAGCUAUUGGCAUUGCAAGAAAUGCAGUAGAUGCUGUACUUCAUGACAAUCCGCAACAAGCUGCAUUUGUAGGCAGCCUUGGACAAGUGCUCGGCGUUCGGUUGGAGCAGACUGGAUCAAUGGAUGACAUAGAUCAAGUUAUUACCAUGAUCAAUAAAGCAGUGGAUGCCACACCUCACGACCACCCGCUUCAAUGGAUGCAAUUACACAACCUUAGCGCUUUGCUAAGCCUGCGAUUUGAUCAGAUAGGAUCGAUAGACGACUUAAAUCGGGGAGUUAGUGCGGCAAGAGAUGCAGUUAAUAGAAUGCCUCAUGGCCACCCGCACCAUACUGCCUGUCUGACCAACCUUAGAAAUUGGCUUAGCAGGUGA